GGCACCGCGGGCCCAGAGUCCAAGGUGCCAUGCUGCCCACACUCCGCCUGGCGAGCAGGCAGCCCAGCCCCUGGGGAGGCCCCGGGGCCCCGAGCCCCGAGGAUGCCGCCCGCCACUCCCUGUCCAGUGCCAACGAGCUGCGCUGCAGACACCUCUUGGAGGCCACCACGGCCAAGUACCGCCACCGGGAGGCCAUGGCGGGCGUGCUGGUGCCCUUGUGCUCCGUGCAGGGGGAUCCGUGCCUGCUCUAUACACUCCGCUCCAGCCGCCUCACGGGGAGGCACAAGGGGGACGUCAGUUUCCCAGGGGGCAAGUGUGACCCUCAGGACAAGGAUAUUGUGGACACAGCUCUCCGGGAGACAAGGGAAGAACUGGGCCUGUCCAUCCAGGAGGAGAAUGUGUGGGGCAUCAUGAAGCCGGUGACCGACAAGAAGAACUCCGUCAUUGUCCCAGUGGUUGCCCAUGUGGGGCCCCUGGAGUCUCUGGACCUCACGCCUAACCCCCAGGAGGUGGACGACGUCUUCACGAUGCCGCUGAGCCACCUGCUGCACCCCCGGAACCAGGGCUACACCCACUUCUGCCACCAGGGCCGCUACCGCUACACCCUUCCCAUCUUCCUGCACGGCCCCUACCGCAUCUGGGGCCUCACGGCCGUCUUCACGGAGCUCACCCUGGAGAUGCUGGCGCCGGGCACGUACCGUCGCAUCGCCCGCGUCUCGGGGCAGCCGAGGAGAGGAGAGGCCGAGACCUAGAGGGCCCGCAGCUCCUCCGGGCUUCUUCCACGAGUCCAGGGAGGCCGCUGACAACUUUGCCUUCUCCCUUGCCUUGAUGCCCUCCAAGAAGGGCCUGAGCCAGCUGGGGGCGCCUCCUCCUUCCAGGGCACCCACAGAUCUUCACGGAAGCUGGAGGGAGCCAGAGGGGCCGCCAAAGGAGGAGGGCAAAGCCUGCACUGGGAAGGAUUUGGGGGAGAUCCUCUCUCGGGCCUCCGGGCCCAGCCUCACUGUUUCUGCGUGAGCACAGACCAUCUGGGAAGGUCUCGCCUCCCCUCGGCCUCCUUCAGGACUCAGCUCGAGUCCCACCUUCUGCGGGAGGCUUUUCCGUGUGUCUCCCCACUGUCUAGGGGCUCCCCCUUUCUGAUUCCCUUCAUUUAUGCUUCAUACCUUUUCUGAACCCCAUUCAUUUGGGCUCAUCAGCCUCUCAGAAUGUCAGUUCCUUGAAGGCUGGGCCUGCUUUUUGCCUUAUUGUACCUCGGUGUGUGGCACGGUGUCUGAUGCAGAGCAAGCCUUUCAUGUUUGUUGAUUGACUCCUUGACCCUGGAAAUAGCCACUUUAGAAUCAGCCUCUCAACGCCACCUCAGUCCAGCUUAAUAAAGGCUGCCUUCCUUGACCCGAAAA